AGGGAAUAUGAAUUCAAGACAAAAUUUUAAAGUUCCAAAUUUAUCAAGAAUUUCAAGCUAGUGAAGUUAAUAUAAAUGACAGAGAUCUGGAUCAAAGAAAGAAAGAGCUCAAAGCUAAGAACUUUAUGGGAGUGGUUGAGUAUUUAAUAAAUAACCAGAUUAAUGAUGAGAUGACAGAUAAGAUCAUAGAAUUAAGCUCACAGUAUGUUCAAGAUUACUCCUGGGUAUUCUUAUAUUUCAAGCCAAAACAGCAGAAUUAUUCACUUUUGAGAAAUAGAAGAAAUUCAAUGAAACUUUGUCAAUGACAGGAUUGAAAAUCCUUAAUAGACAUGAAAGAACCAUCUUGAGAGUCAGAGGAUGAAACUAUUAAAACAGAUUCUGAGCCGAACUUAAAUAGUUUAGUUCGAACUUGUAAAAAUUCUGAACCGAAAGAGGAUUCAUGUUGAAAAGUAAAAUGAGAAAGAUUAGUAAAACUAUCAAAUACAAGCAAAGUCAAUAUUUCAGACGACAAAAUUGAAGAAUCCAAGAAUUCUCCUGACAAUAAAACACAAUCGGCACUUCAAGACGAUUCCCAAGAUAGUUCUAGCUCAGGAGAAAUUUGUACUUCAAGUACAAACAGUGCUGUAUUUAAAACUCCCAAACUACCUAUGCUCAUAAACCAAGGCAUAAGCCUCGACAAAUUAGAAGCAAGUCAUAAAUCAGACUCUAAUAACUCUCAAAUAUCAAAAGAACUAAAUUCUGAAUCAAAAGAUUCAGAGAACGUCACCCAGCUGAGAGACGAAUAUGGACCUGAAGAGAUCAAAGAACUGGUAUCCGAGGUAAAACAGAAAGUUAUAGACCAGAGAAAGUAUUGAUGGUCUGAAAGAUUCAUUUCAUUAUCCCAUUUCAUUUUAAGCAAAUAAGAUAACUGAUAUCGAACAGAUAAGCUCUAUUUCUGCAUUGAUCUCCCAAUUCGAUUGCUCUGAUAAGGGAGAAUGUAAGCAACUGUUCUCCUUAUGAGGAGAUAUUGGGUGUCAUGAUAGAGAUGUUUUGACUAUGGAUUUUGAAUUUAAGCACACUCUUGAAGUAGUAUCAGGACUUGAGGAUAGAAUUGAGGGUUUUAAUGGCUAACUAUCUGUCAGGUUUUAGAAGAGAAUGUAGAUAUAUACAGAUUUUUUCUGAUUAUUUUUCAGAGGAUUGAGAUAGGCUUUGGUUUUAUUAUUUUAACACAAAACAUAUAAAUUUCGGCUAUUAUCAUGGAGCUUUAUCUGAAGCAAUCUCCAGAACUUAUGAAGAAGUCCUAAUUGGGUGGUGUAACCUGAGUCAAGAAGAAAUAAUCAACGUUAUGGUCCAAUCCAAGAGACUUCAUACUUUUGGAUUUCUGAAUUGAGAGCUUGACCUUGAUUCAGUCCCACAAUUUGGAAGUCAAUUAGAAGGCUCAAAAGUUAAAAAGUUUGUUAUCAGUGGGAUUGAUUUUUCUGAUAUUAACAAGCUACAAACCUUUAUAGAAGGAAUGGCUCAAUCUGAAUGCUUUCUGGAUAAUCUACAAGAGAUUUUAUUCGAAGGAUGUGGAAUUUCUGGCGAACAAUUAAAUGAGUUACUCGAAAGUUACAUAAGCACAGAAAGUCUGAAAAUAGUUUGCA